UAAUCCGAGAUAUCUGCACUCAUCUAUACAAGAUGGAAUCCAAUUCGCUUUCAAGCUUUGUGAGAAUUCUGAGAGAAUCCCUUCAUUUAUUUCUGAAAAACAAAGGCCUUAUGACCUCCAUAGCCAUGCUCAUCCUUCUUCUCCACUCCUUCCUCUUUUCAUGCAAUUACUUCUCCAUUGAGCCUUUCACGAAAGAUUUUGUCAAGAAGCGAGUUCAGUUGUUCUUCGCCAGACCAGGUACCUCUAAGUACACCAACAUCGUUACCUCUAUGACAUCAGAUUUUCGCAUGUUGGCAGGCCUGGAAUGGUUCUUCAUUCUUGCUCUCUCCAUGGCUUCCUUAUUCUCAUCAGCCACAACUGUUUUGGCUUCGGCUGUGACUUAUGCAGAAGGAAACUUGUCUUUCUUAUAUUUGCUGUCAAGAGUAUUCAAAUCAUGUAAAAGGCUAAUAAUCACUUGGUUCUACGUAUCUCUCUUCAAUCUUGGUUACUUACUCCUUGCAUUCUCUUUGAUCUUUCCCUUCACUGUCAACUUUGCUUUUCCAUUAUUUCGCCCGACAACCUUUGUUUAUGUCAUGUUGAUUCCGGUGUCAGCUUUCCAUACGUACCUCGCUGUUGUUUGGAAAAUGUCUGUUGUGAUAUCAGUUCUUGAAGAGAAACGUGGACUUGAGGCAUUUGGGAAGGCUUGGCAGAUUUUGAAGGGAUUGAAGACGCAAGGGUUUCUGCUGAAUCUUGUGUAUGAUGUACUUGCUUUGAUUGGGUACAUCUGGUGGUACAUGGAGAGUCCAAAGAAAGGAACUUACUAUUCGCUGGUUAUGGGACUAAUGUUGUUGAACGUUGGUUGUCUGAUUAAGAUGUUAGUGGACAUGGCGUUCACAGUGUUAUACCAUAUGUGCAAGCUGAGCCAUGGAGAAGAGAUUGAAUUUGAAAGAAUCUCGAAAUACAUUAAGGUGUCUAAUGAACCAACGAUUGGAGCAGAUGUAGCAUAAAGAAGAAAGGUAUUACAAUGUCUUCAUCUUCUUGAUCAUUUAUUUCUUUCAAUUGACGCUUGUAGAUACUGCCUUACAUAGCUUCUGUUUUCAGAUCACUUGAAGUCUGAUGUAUGUAAGUAUGCAUGCAUGCUUAAAUGCUUAAUUUUGAGUUGUCAUUUACAAUAAUAAGUGUUCUCACUGAGUGGUUU